CAGAUGGAGCUGAGAGAGGUGGUCCACUGGCGCCGUGCCAUACUCGCCGUGUGCUUUAACCUGCUCGCCCUCGCUCUCUCCACCACAGCCCUUCUCAGCAGCUACUGGUGUGAGGGGACUCAGAAGGUACCCAAGCCUCUAUGCAGUGAGGCCAAAGUCACCAAGUGCAUUGGGGCUCCUAUUGCCCUAGAGAGCAUCAACGCCUCUGGGCAGGACGUAGUGCAUUACAGCUGGGAGACUGGGGAUGACCGAUUUGCAUUUCGCUAUUUUCACACUGGAAUCUGGUAUUCCUGUGAGGAGAAUAUACUGGGAACAGAUGAGAAAUGUCGCAGUUUCCUUGAACUGACCCCUCCAGCUGAGCGAGGGAUCCUGUGGCUCUCGCUAGGGUCUGAGCUGGCGUAUAUCGUCUUCCUAAUCAUCAGCUUUGGUUUGUUGCUGCUUGAAAUGUUCUAUACCGGAAAUCCAGUGUGCGGCCUGAAGCUUAAUGCUUUUGCAGCUGUUUCCUCUGUGCUUUCAGGCCUUCUGGGGAUGGUGGCGCAUAUGAUGUAUACUCAGGUCUUCCAAGCCACAGUCAGCUUAGGUCCUGAGGACUGGAGACCCCACUCCUGGGAUUACGGAUGGGCAUUCUACACCGCAUGGGCCUCCUUCACCGCCUGCAUGGCUUCUGCUGUCACCACGCUCAACACCUACACCAAAACACUGCUGGAGUUUCGCAGGAACCAGAAAGCUUUUGAGCAGAACAUGAAGGAGCAAUCCUGCUUUCUCAAUCACAGAGAGAUAAGUUUUUAUAGAGAGAAGCCCUUGCAUUCUGUGUCUGAAAGUGUGGGCUUCUACUCUGAGCUUCAUAAAAAAAUCCUUCUGAGAGAGCACUCGAUGGACCUGGAGGAUGUGGAGGAAUCUUUGGAGGACGAGCACUGUUAGAGGAAAUGGGAAACCCACCAAGAAUUCACCAGCUGAGUGCAGUUUCAUGUUGAAGCUGUGAUUUAAUGUGUGAUAAACCUAUGCUGGGCAGAUAUGUGCUGGACCACUGGAUGCCCAGAUAAAGACCUCAUGGGGGCUCCUUUGUUAGAUAAAGAAAAAGUACAAAUUGUGCUGGAUGCCCAGAUAAAGACCUCAUGGGGGCUCCUUUGUUAGAUAAAUAAAAAAUACAAAUUGUGCUGGACCACUGGAUGCCAAGAUAAAGACCUCAUGGGGACUCCUUUGUUAGAUAAAUAAAAAAUACAAAUUGUGCUGGACCACUGGAUGCCCAGAUAAAGACCUCAUGGGGGCUCCUUUGUUAGAUAAGUAAAAAAUACAAAUUGUGCUGGAUGCUCAGAUAAAGACCUCAUGGGGGCUCCUUUGUUAGAUAAGUAAAAAAUACAAAUUGUGCUGGACCACUGGAUGCCCAGAU